UUGUUGCCAGUAGCGCGUCAGAGGCCCGACGACCGGUCGUGUUUUUAUUCUCAAUUUAAUUAUACAUUAAAAUGUUUAAACUCGUCAGAGGCAUACGCCGACUGAGCGCACAAUGCCGGCACCACAGCCACGCGACCGUCAUCGGUACUGAGCCGAACCGAAGUGAUCCUUACUUUCAAGAGAAUAAGGCGAAAAUGGAUGAACUGAUCGACGAGCUUCAACAGAAAACCGGUGACGCUAUCAGAGGUGGGCCAGAGGACGCAGUAAAGAGGCACACGGCGAGAGGAAAAUUGCUUGUCAGAGACAGGAUUAACCGGUUAGUGGACGAGGGCUCCGAUGUAUUGGAAUUGAGCGCGCUCGCCGCCGCCGACAUGUACAAGGGCCAGGUUCCGAGCGCCGGUAUCGUCACCGCUAUCGGCAAAGUUCACGGCCGCGAUUGCAUGAUCGUCGCUAAUGAUGCAACCGUUAAAGGGGGAACGUAUUUUCCGAUUACCGUGAAGAAGCACUUACGCGCCCAGUCGAUCGCACAGGAAUGUCGACUUCCGUGCAUUUAUCUUGUUGACUCUGGUGGUGCCCAUCUCCCUGAUCAGGCUGAUGUGUUUCCGGACCGCGAACACUUCGGAAGAAUAUUUUACAAUCAAGCUAAUAUGUCAGCCGAGGGUAUACCGCAGAUAUCUGUUGUGAUGGGAUCGUGCACUGCGGGAGGAGCGUACAUCCCUAGUAUGUCAGACGAGAGUAUUAUAAUAAAAAAUCAAGGAACCAUUUUCUUGGCCGGCCCUCCAUUAGUCAAAGCCGCUACUGGCGAAUCAGUUUCUGCUGAAGAUUUAGGUGGAGCUGACCUACAUUGCCGGCAAUCAGGAGUAACGGAUCAUUAUGCUCUAGAUGAUGAGCAUGCUUUACAUUUAGCUAGGAAUGUUGUGGCCAACCUAAAUUGGAACAAUGACCAAAGAGCUAGAAUUUAUUCCUCGAAAAUUGAGGAGCCUGUUCAUGACAUUCAGGAUUUACACGGAAUAGUGGGUGCUAAUAUUCAGAGACCUUUCGACAUUAGAGAGGUUAUAGCCCGGAUAGUUGACGGAAGUAGAUUUCAUGAAUUCAAGCAACUUUAUGGGGACACUUUGGUCUGCGGUUUCGCCACAUUGUAUGGACACCCAGUCGGUGUAAUCGGAAACAACGGCGUUCUUAUGUCCGAAUCAGCUUUGAAGGGAUCCCAUUUCAUUCAGCUGUGCGCUGCUAGGAAGAUUCCUUUAGUGUUCUUGCAAAACAUUACAGGUUUUAUGGUAGGAAAAGACGCUGAGGCUGGCGGUAUUGCUAAAAAUGGAGCUAAAAUGGUAACUGCGGUCAGUUGUUUCAAAGGACCGAAAAUAACUGUGAUUGUUGGGGGAAGCUUCGGUGCUGGGAACUAUGGAAUGUGUGGGCGAGCGUAUUCGCCGAGUUUUCUUUUCAUGUGGCCCAACGCAAGAAUAUCUGUGAUGGGGGGACCACAAGCUGCAACAGUUCUCUCCUUGGUCGCCAAAGAAAAGGCUCAGCGUGAAGGGAAACCGUGGACUGAUGAAGAUGAAAAGAAAGUCAGGGGUCCACUAGAAGCGCAAUUUGAGAAAGAGGGUCUUCCUUACUACAGUACAGCAAGGCUGUGGGAUGAUGGCAUUGUAGCUCCGAAAGAUACGAGAAAAAUUAUAGGCCUAAGUUUAUCGGCAGCUCUUAACGCACCGUUUAGAGAAAGCAAAUUCGGCAUCUUUAGAAUGUGAGUGAAAUUUGAACAAAGUGAAACUUUACAAGACUGUUUUGUUUAAUGUACUUAGUAAGACUUUAUUUUCUUCUCUAGAUAUAUUUUAAAAUUGUAAUAAAUCGCUUUUGGUGAAUUCGUACAGUGAUUUUUACCAUAUAUCUUAUCUUUGUUAGCAAGUGAACUUGUCACGUUCUUUUAUCUAAUUAAAAUGAGCAAUCAUUAACUCCAGAUUAUGACAUCUUCGAUAAGAUUUAUUUUGGUUGUGACACGCCUCUUUAGAUAAUUGUUGCUGUAUCAUAUAGUGAGAAAAUUAAUGUUUCUAGUACAUCCUCAGUUGUUUAAGUUUAAAA